AUGACAACGUCAAUGAAGAAACAAGAACAAGAACAACUCUAUGGUGAAUAUAUCAAUCCAACAAUUGAUCAAUAUACAACAAAACAGGAGAAUCCAUUAGUAUUAAUGGCUCAAGCAUGUAAUAAUAUUGGUAAAGAAUUAUCAUCCUCAUCGUUAUCUUCAUCAUCAACAACAACAAUAUCUAUAACAUCAAAACAACGAAAAUCAAAUUCAUCACCUGAAGUUAAAAAAUCUUUAAAAAGAGCUGCACCUUCAACCCCAUCACCACCAGCAAAGAAAAUCUUACUUUCUCAACCAACAGUACCAUCAUCAUCGUCAUCAUCAUCAUUAUCAUCAUCACCAUUACUUUCAACAAAUCAACAACAAUCAUUUUAUUUUCCUCCAUCACCACUUAUGUUCGAUUCAUUUCUUCUUCAUCAUUUAAAUAAAACUUUUACUUCAUCACCCUUCUUUACUUCACCAUUAUUUGGUCAUUCAUCAAGUUCAGCUUUUUCUCCAUCAUCAUCUCAAAGAUCUCCUUAUUUUAUGGAUUCAAUUUUAGCACCAUUAAAACCAUCACCACAACCACCAGCAUUUGUUUGUAAUUGGAUGGAAUCAACUAGUCCUGAUGGUUUUUGUGGAAAACGUUUUCCAAAUCAUAUGAAUUUAUUAGAACAUUUAUGCACAGCACAUACAUCAUUAUCAUCAUCAUCAUCCUCAAUGAAAUCUUCUUAUCCAACAUCUAUUUUUUCAUCAUAUUAUUCACCAACAUCAGUAGGAAAACUUUAA